AUGCACGCUGUUAGUGUUGAAGUCGUACUUCAGGAGACAUCCAAAGCAAGCCCUCUUGCGUGGUGGCUUGAUGAUGUUGUUCCUAGGACUCCUCGUGGCAACCCUGAUCCUGGAGUUCAUUACACUAUCCGAGCCGCGCGACAGGCUAUUUCUGUGCGGCCUUCAAUAUCCAAGAUUGCCUCGUCUAGAAUCAAUGGGUGUCAGCGGAUUCGAAAGAAGGCGGCAACACUGGAGCAAAGUCCUGGGUUUUGGAAAACCUUCACCACGGUGACACCGCUUAUUGUGGCCGAGAUGGCUGCCUCCGUUCUGUUUGAGUUGCUGGUCGCCAUCUUCUCCUUUUCAAUUGCCCUGUACACACUGGUCAUUGGUGUUUUCUAUCAAGGUGCCGACGUCAAGCCACUAUUGACCGCGAGCUUUGGGCAGAUUAUGCCUAUGCUUCUUCUGAUGGUUGUUGCUCUGACAGCAGUCGAGGUUGGCACAAUCAAGAACUUUCGAAGGAUUGAGAUCGAGGUCGAAAUUAAAAAACAUCCCGCCUUAUUGCACAAUACUACAAGGGGCGGCUUUGGACCAGAAAGAAACGGCGCGCUCUCGAGCCGCGUACACUCGUUCAACUUGCAGAACAGCAUGAUGGGCUCAACCAGACCUCUCAGGCACUGCUGGCUUUGGCGCAAGAGUCGACUCGAUGACCAGAUGGAUGACACCGAGGAGGAGGAGGACGAUCGAAUUAGAACAGGGGAUACGGUCUAUACUUCCUGCUGCCGAGUCAACUUUGGAUCUUCUUGA